CAGCGCUUCGCACGAACACCAGUCAAUCCUUAGAUCGCGAAGCGGAGCGAUCGAAUCAGUUGAGCGUUCCGAUACUUCGCACACGAGCAACACUACGCUAGUUUCCGCGCGUUACGCAGCGAUCGUGUCGGGGAUUUGAAUUAAGAUUUGCACGUUUUUAUAAGGCGUAAAGAUGACUGACUCACACGCUAAAAUAGAAGAUAACCCGAAGAUAUUGUCCGGCCCAGUGCUGGUCAACUCACCAAAUGCGGUUUUGUCGAAAACCCUGUUGGGAAGGUACAAUGACCUCCCUAUUCCUGCGGACAAAAUUUUGGCGACAUACAUCUGGAUCGAUGGAACUGGAGAACAUCUUCGUUGCAAAGAUCGUACCCUGAGCUUCAUUCCAAAGCAACCCAAGGAUCUUCCGAUUUGGAACUUCGAUGGCAGCUCCACGGGACAGUCGGACGGGCACAACUCGGAUACAUUCCUGUAUCCCCGUGCCAUUUACCGGGACCCAUUCAGACGUGGCAACCACAUCCUCGUCAUGUGCGACACGUACAAAUACAACAUGGAGCCCACAGAGACUAACCAUCGCAUCAAGUGCCAGGAGGCAUAUGAUAAGUGCAAGGAUGAUGAGCCGUGGUUUGGUAUUGAGCAGGAGUACAUCUUGCUUGACUCGGACCUAAGGCCCUUCGGAUGGCCCCCAGGUGGCUUCCCCCCACCACAAGGCCCAUACUACUGCGGUGUUGGUGCCAACAAAGUGUUCGCCAGGGAUCUUGUCGAGGCACAUUACAGAUGUUGUCUAUUUGCUGGCGUUCCCAUUUCGGGCACCAACGCUGAGGUCAUGCCCUCGCAGUGGGAGUUCCAAGUGGGUCCCUCUGUGGGUGUGACCGCUGGCGACGACCUGUGGGUCGCUCGCUACAUUCUAAACAGGCUCGCUGAGGAGUAUGGAGUCAUUGUUAGCUUUGACCCCAAACCAGUCCAGGACUGGAACGGAUCUGGCGCUCAUACUAACUUCUCCACCAAGAAGAUGCGCGAAGACAACGGUAUUAUUGAAAUCGAGAAGGCCAUUGACAAGCUGUCUAAAGUUCACAUGAAGCACAUCAAGGUGUACGAUCCUCGCGGAGGAAAGGAUAAUGAGAGACGUUUGACUGGUCUCCACGAAACUGCCAGUAUUAAUGACUUCAGCGCCGGUGUCGCUAACCGUGGCAGCAGCAUCAGGAUACCGCGGACUGUAGCCGAGGAGAAGAAGGGCUACUUGGAGGACCGUCGACCGGCCUCGAACUGCGACCCAUACGCUGUGAUAGAUGCGCUGAUGCGCACCUGCAUACUCAACGAAUAACAGUGGCGCAUCCCCCGCCAGGCCACUCCUGCGCCACGUGUCAGCUAGCGAACACAUCACCAAUAAAUCCGUCUAUUAAGUUCGUGCCUGGUUGCCAACGCAAGCUGUAUGUACCUGCACCGACGUGCGUUAUUGAACCUCUUCCAUUUUAGUGAUAUACAUAUACCGCAAGAGCAACACCAAGUAACGUUUUUGUAUAAACAUUUACCUUAUAAUAUUAAUUAUUAUAUUCAUUAGCGACGACAAAUCGAAUAAUUAUGGCCUAUAGGUAUUCAAUAGAAUAGAUUAUUCAAUGUACACUAACUAUAAAAGAUAAAUCAAAGGAUAAUAAAUAAUUAAACCGACACGUGAUAGAGGUAGUGCGUUUAAAAGGACCAUAUAAGAUAUUAAUAUAUUGUAUAAGUAGGUAAAUAUUUCUACGAAUAUUAUGUGAUAUUUAAAAAUUGUUAUUUUGAUGUUAAAUAGUUUAAUUGUAUACAAAUAACCACAUAUCAUUAUUUUUAACAAAUUCAUUUAAUGCAUAGUUGCAAAUUAGUUGUAGUGAAUAACAUGAAAGAGAACACAUGAAUUGCUUGACAUAUUAUAUACUAACAAGAUAACUACAGAUAUAAUUACAAAGUCCGGAUGAUAACGUUACGAGUAUAGGAUCUACCAGUAUGUUAAUAUUAAAGGUAGUUUACGUGCAAAUCAUUUGCAAAUAUUCUAGUGGAUAAAGAGAACCGCAAGAGCCUUUCAAGAGUUCAAGCACUUACGAAGUAUGUCUAAACGUGAACACCAUGUACACUCGUGUAGAGCACAAAAUAUUAUAUUCCUAUCGUCUGAAUAAAAUUAUUUAUGCUAUUAUAUUAUGUAUAAGAUGUUUAAAAUUGUUUUGCAUGCAUCGGAAAUUGGUAUGAUUAACAAAAUGUAAGCGUAUAAGAAAUGUUGUUAUAAAAUACGAGAUAUUAUAAAAAAAUAAACAUACUUUGUUGUACUA